AUGUCACAGGUGUCGAUCGACUUAGACGAUGCUCGUCGAGCGUAUGUAAAUAGUCUGUGGGAGAAGCGCUUCAAAAAUCUUACAGUGGUACCGAGAAAUAUAGAGGAACAAAUCAAUGAAAAGAAAACUGUUAUCCAACGGCAUCAAGAGCUUCAAGCUAGUGUCACGCAUACUGGGGCAGCACAACAAAAUGCCUUAGUGAAGUUCAAUGCUGAAGAGACCAAUAAUUUUGCCAGUUCUGGGGCCGUUGACCGUUGGUAUGGGAAACAAGAUUUGGCCCACUCCGUAGUAGAACGCCAUCAGCAGCGUUUGGCGCUCCAGCCGGCCUGGCAUGCGCCCUGGAAAUUGAUGCGGGUUAUUAGCGGCCACAAUGGCUGGGUACGCUGCGUCUGCGUCGAUCCUGUCGAUAAUGAAUGGUUUGUGACUGGAAGUAACGACUCUACUAUAAAAAUAUGGGACUUGGCCACUGGUAGAUUGAAACUGACCCUUAUGGGACAUGUUAUGACAGUGAGAUCGCUUGCUAUAUCCACAAGGAACCCUUAUAUGUUUUCUGCAAGCGAGGAUAAAAUGGUAAAAUGUUGGGACCUGGAAAAGAACGCCGCAAUAAAAGACUUCCACGGUCAUUUUUCCGGUGUCAAUUCCGUGGAUGUACAUCCAACGCUGGAUAUAAUAGCUAGUGCUGGUCGAGACUCGGUGGUGAGGCUAUGGGACAUCCGAACACGACAGCCAGUCAUGACGCUUGCGGGGCAUAAGGGCUCUAUCAACCAGGUUAAGUGUUUUCCAGUCGACCCACAAAUUGUCAGUUGCUCUGUAGAUGCCACGCUACGGAUGUGGGACAUAAGAGCAGGGAAAUCAUCCAAGAUUUUAACUCAUCAUAGCAAAAAUGUCCGGUCUCUUGCUGCGCAUCCAGCUGAGUUCUCUCUAGCAUCUGCAUCCACUGGCGAUGUGAGGUCUUGGAGGUGCCAAGAUGGACAGCUUCUGACGAACUUUCAUUCGGAAGAUUUGGGUAUCAUUAACUGUCUGUCCGUAAAUCAGGAUGGCGUUCUUUUCGCAGGGACAGACGACGGCAGGUUAGCAUUUUUCGACUACAAAACUGGACAUAAUUAUCAGCAACUGCCCACCACAACGAUAACGGGAUCUCUGGAAAGCGAGCGUGGUAUCUUAAGUGGGUCAUUUGACCAAACAGGUUUGAGAUUAAUCACUGGUGAAAGUGAUAAGAGUAUAAAAAUCUGGAAGCAAGUAGACAAUUCGUCUCCUGAGCAACAUCCAGGACUGCCGUGGGAUCCACAGAUUGGCUCACAGAGGUUUUAG